GCUCCUCCCGGGGGAUUUUUGGGGUCCCGCGGUGCGUUUCGGCCAUCGGAGGCCAGGGAGCGGCUGCUGCCACCUGCGCUGUCUUUUCCCUGGGAGCCCAUUUUCCGGCUGGCCGGUGCCGGGGCAUUUACAGCCGUGGCCGGACCGGUUUUCCUGCUGGAAGGUUGACCGGCAGCGGGACACGGUGGGAUGGGAUGCUCUGCCCCCCGCAGCCCCCGCUGCUCCAGGCCCGGCCGCUGUGGCGUGGGGCCACCCGUGCCUCAGUUUCCCUCCCUGCAAAGGUAGCAACGAGGGGGCCCGGCGAGGGACGGGGCGGGGGGAGGAUCGGCUGCUUGUGUCCCUCGCCAAGGGACAAACGGAUGCGCCGUGACCCCGUUGGCGUGUUGGACCCCGCAGCCGUGUCACAUGCCGGGGACGGUGGCCCGGCUCCAGCCACGGCCGCCCCCACGCACGUACCAGCCCGGGGACCAGCUGGCUCCAUGCAGUGCCGGGGGCGAGCGGUGCUGGCCGGGUGCCCCCCCGCCGAGCCCGGGGGUGCCACUGUCACCAUUGCGGCGGGUGGCAGCCGUCCCCUGUCCUGGGAGAGCGAGGGAGAGCGCGGCUGGGUGCGGAGGAAGGCUCCGGAGGCGAUGGCUGAGGGUGGCCAGGAGGGGGUCCUGGUUGGGGGGUCGCUGGGGGCCGCCCCUGACAGCGCCCAGGAUCCAUCCGAGGCUAUGGGGAGCGAGGGGCCGGUGGCCACCCUCAGCCCGGGCAACGUGGAGGAUCUGUACGAGCUGCUGGAGACGCUGGGCAGCGGGCACUUCGGGGUGGUGAGACGCUGUCGGGAACGCAGCACCGGGACCUUCUACGCCGCCAAAUGCGUCAAGACGCGGCGGUGCCGGGGCAGCCGGCGGGGGCUGGAGCGGGCGCAGGUGGAGCGAGAGGUGACCAUCCUCCGCCAGCUCCGCCACCCCAACAUCAUGCGGCUCCACGACCUCUUCGCCAGCAGAGCCGAGGUGGUGCUCGUCCUGGAGCUGAUGGGCGGCGGGGAGCUCUUUGACUUCAUCGCGGAGAAGGAGAUGCUGUCGGAGGAGGAGGCCAUCGAGUUCCUGGGACAGAUCCUGCGGGGGGUGGAAUACCUGCACGCCCACCGCAUCGCCCACCUCGACCUCAAGCCCGAGAACAUCAUGUUGGAGGAGAAGGACGUCCCCAAGCCCCGCAUCAAGAUCAUCGACUUCGGGCUGGCCCAGCACCUGCGGGACGGCGUCACCCUCAAGAGCCUCUGCGGGACCCCGCAGUACAUCGCUCCUGAAGUGAUCAACUAUGAACCCCUGAGCUCCGCGACUGACAUGUGGAGCAUCGGGGUCAUCACCUAUAUCCUGCUCAGCGGCUUGUCCCCCUUCCAGGGCGAGACGGACGCCGAGACCCUCUCCAACGUCGUGGCCGGGGCCUACGAGUUCGAGGAGCGCUGCUUCAGCCAGACCUCCGAGAUGGCCAAGGACUUCAUCCGGCAGCUGCUGGUGAAGGAGCCAGCGCACCGCAUGACGGCGGCCGAGUGCCUGGUGCACCCCUGGAUCAAGCCCCUGAGUCGGAAGCAGGCGGCCAACCGGAGCCGUUCCUCCAUCAACAUGAAAAACUUCCGCAAGUUCAACGCUCGGAGGAAGUGGAAGCUCUCCUACAACAUGGUGUCCGCCUGCAACCGGCUCUGCCGCACGCGGCUGCUCUGCGGCCUCAGGAAGGAGGAGGACGAGGAGCUGCGCCGCUGCGAGAGCGACCAGGAGGAGGAGGGCAGCCACCCCGUCACGCUGCUGCGCCGGCGGAGAAGCAGCUGCUCCUGAGACACCCCCCCCCCCAACCCCCCCCCCCCAAAAAAAAAAGCAGACGGGACCCCCCCAUCCCUCCCCUCCCAACCCUGCAAAGAGGGACCAUCCCAU